AGUUCGGUGUGGUAGUGGUUGGAAAACAACGCGUUCACCAUCGCAGAAUACACAUACACACAUGCAUGCAUUUCACAGUUUACGUCAACAAUAAUAAAGUCAGUGUUUAUUUUUUUGAAACAAGAUAUCGAAAUGAAUUGUUAUUGCUGCCAAUUUUUGCGCUGAAAUCAUACGCAUUUCGACAAAUUAAUUCCGAAUAAAGUUCGUUGAAGUGGAUUUGUUUGUGCAGUCAGUCGAAUGAGAGACACAUGUUAACUGAAGCUGUCGUUUUACAUAUGAAAUUGAUUGGUGUUUUUUUUUUCUUGAAGAACAAAGUGAAAACCAUUGAUUGUUUCAUGGAAGGGGAACUGAAGCAAGUUUACUUAAAUCACCAUCGAAAGAACAAUAAUAGAUUUAUCUCAAUGCGAUCAUUAAAUAAAAUUGACUAGAAAUCCAGUGAAAAUAGUGUGGAAACAAAUUCAAUGUUCUAAGUGAUAAGUGUUUUUUUUUAGUAAAGCGGCAAGGAAAGAAACAACUUUGAAUAGAGGAACAAGUGGUGUCAAAAUGACAACGACACUUCGAUCCAACUUUGGACCAACAUCAACACUUCAAACCAUGGCUGAUAAGCUCGGUUCGAUGCAAAUGUCAGAGAAGUCGCUUGCCGGCGUUCCACAACUGCUAGUCGAUCUGCAACGCCUGUCCGAAGACCAAGAAACUUCCGACAUUGUUUUUAUCGUGGAUCGAGAAGAGGAACGCAUUUAUGCACACAAGAUUAUAUUGCAAGCUAGGUGCAGAAGUUUUCAGACGACAAAGCGAGAUGAAUUUUGUCGCAUUCCUGGCAGUACAGUCUCACCCAACGUUCCAGGCAAUCCAACACAAAUCCGUUUACCACAUAUUAAUGCAAGCGUAUUUCGACAGUUCAUUCUGUAUGCAUACACGGGGAAGAUUACAUUCCAAGAUUCUCGUGUUUUCGAAUUAAUGACCCUCGCACAAGAUUUGGGCAUCGAUGAAUUGAAAGCCGCCUGCGAAGAUUAUGUCGUUUCCACAUUGUCGGUUACCAAUGCUUGCACCUAUUUGGCAGCAGUCAUGGAUAUUCAUGACAAAUCUACAAAUGCAAAGUCUAUGGCUUCAUUUCUGGAACGGUGUACAUCGUAUAUCGGUGAAAAUGCAACGGAAUGUGUUAAGACCAGCUCAUUUUUGAGUUUGCCAAAAGAAGGAAUCAUCAAGCUGAUUUCAUCGGACUAUUUUUGCUUGGAAGAAGAAGAUGUGUGGCGAUGCGUUUUAGUGUGGGCAAAGCAUAAGGCUGGUGUAACUUCGUUACAACCAGGGCGCUGGACAGAAGAUGAACGAACGAGAGUAUGUCAACAUUUAGCCGGUGUUAUCAAUCAUGUUCGAUUGCUUCUCAUUGACAGUCAAGUGUUUGCAGAAGAAGUGGAGCCUACGGGUGCUGUUCCAAUGGAAUUAUCCCUUGAGCGGUAUCGACACGCUGCACUGCAAACGAGUAGCAAAGCGCCAUUCUUCACGAAUUCAUCAAUACCUGGUUCGAUGCAAAUAUCGUCAUCAACCGUUCCAUCGUCGGGUAAUAAUAUGAUGACCGGAAACACUGGCACCAGCAUCGCUUCAUUUGGCGAAAGCGACAAACGAUUGCAACCGCGUCUUCUUCAAAAUCUCUUUCCUGGAUCAUCGAUUCUCAAAAAUGAUAAGCUACAUUUGCAAACCACACUCAACGCAUGGUAUGGUGUACCAAAACAAAAUUGGCGCCUAGUGUUCCGUGCAUCGGCAAAUGGAUUUUCAGCAAGUGCCUUUCAUCGAUAUUGCGACGGAGUUGCACCAGUGUUUGUUAUUGCACAAAGCUCACGCGGUGAGAUCAGCGGUGGAUUCACAGACGUUCCAUGGGCAAAAACAAAUCGCAAAGGUGGCUACAUCCAUUCAGAGCGAUCAUUUUUAUUCACAUUGUAUAAUGAACAAGAACCACCAACUAAAUACGAUAUCAUUAAGAAACCAUACGCAAUUUGUUAUCAUCCAGAAGUGGGUCCCAUUUUCGGUGCAGGAGCUGAUUUACAAAUUGCCAAUGCAUGCAACACAAAUAUGGACUCAUAUUCAAAUUUGCCGCAUUCAUACGAUGGAGGAAAUAAUGCCAGUUCGUCUAGCCUAUUUGGUGACUACAAUUUCACAAUUACCGAAUAUGAGGCGUACACUUUGGCAUCAGCACCCAGUCCACCAGUGAAUAAAUUUAAGAAUGAACGUUUUUAAAUUUCGUUUGAUUCAAACGGUUUGAAUACGGCAAGCAAAUGACACAUUACAUCAGCCAGCCUCAAACUGAUGACAGUUAUACUUUGGAGCAAUAAUUGACGAAAUUGGCGUUUAAAUCAAGACUUGCAAUUUUAUUCGAAUUGAAUGGGGAAAAUGAACCAUUUAAAUGAUAAUAUUGUGUAAUUUUUUAAUCAUUUAUUUUGAAAUAAAAAAUCAUUUUUGUGACAAGUAAC